AUGGAGGCCUGGAAGGAGUCCCCCGAAUUUGACAUCGUGGCCCAGGAUGUCUACGUGGUAACCCUGGAGGAGUUGGUUGUCGGAGUCUGGGCUUCCAGGCGGCCGUUUGCAGUGUUGAUAGUCUUAUUUUUAGUGGUGGUAUCCGCUGCGUCAAGGAGGCAUAAAGAUGGAGUAAAAGUUGGUAAUAUUCAGCACCUGGAUAUUGAGGGGUUAAGAGGUGAUGGUGAAGCAUUAGUUGUGGAAAUUAAACUAGUGGAAAGAAGGAUGAAUGUGGUGCUUACAGAUUAUGAAGGAACAGGAGCAAACAACAACCAUGAUCCUAUACCUCCUGGAAGAUUUUAAUUAUUUAUCUAGUUUUUUAAUACGUAUUCAGAUGAACAUUAUCAAAAUACAUGACGACAUAAUCAUGUGUUUGGCUAUGUUUGUUUAAUCGUUAAUCUUUGGCUGUUUCUUUCUACAUCUGUAAACGUUAAUCACAUAAUUUGUCCGAUCCAGGCGUGCACUUUUUGUGUGGAGAUUAUUUGAUGAUUAUAUUUACAUCUGUAAAUGUCUAGUAUUCAACUUUGUUUUUUGUUC